GAAUAAAAAAAAAACUUUAAUUUUAAAUAUUUAUACAUUGGUUAAAAUUUAAUCUUAAAAUUUUUUUCACUCUCUUUUCUUUCCUUCUUCACUUUCUCUCACGUAUAUAUUAAAUUAUCCUUCAAAACUUGUAAUCAUAUACUUGUAAUCAUAUACUCUUGUAAUCAUAUACUACUUGUAAUCAUAUAUCAUUAUCCCAUCAAUACAUACAUUCUACAUUCCACAUUUCCACGUCUUCAAAAAAAAAUCUUUUUUCUUUAACAACAAAAACCUUACAAGAAUUAUUCAUAAUGUUUUUCAGAGUCUUAGGAGUUACUUCACUUGUUGCAGUUGUCGCGACAAACACUUCAAGAGUCGUUCAUCCACAGGAUCGUUAUCAUACUAAAAAGGAAGAACAACAAACUUCAAAUUAUAAUCAUAAUCAUUAUAAUGUUCAUCCUCAUUAUCAAUUUCAAUAUCAACUUAAACCAAAAUAUCCUGCAUUCACAAGAUAUAGUCAAGGGGUAGACAUUGAUCCUACAAACAUUACCAAAAAAUCAAAAUCAAAAAGAUCAAAGUCCAACAAGCGAAACACGAAUAGACACCUAUGAUCUUUUUUUUUUUGUA